CUUUAAUGAAAGCAGGUUUUAACUGUGAGCAAAACACAUUCAUAAUAUGUUAAAAAUGUUUUUUUUGGUAAUUUUCGUCAUAGUGGGUUUUGAGAAUAUCUCUGCAGUUUGUAAUCAGUGCAGUCACGAAGGUUUUGCCUGUGUAACAGAAACGGAAUAUCAAGUCUGUUAUAAUGGCACUGCUGAUACUUCUCUUACAUUUAGUUGUCCCGAUACUACAAUAUGUACUUCUCUAAAUACAUUUAUAUGCUCUCCAAUUACAAUACCUGAAAUAAGACCAGAUUGUGAACUCGGUUCUCGUUGUGAUGUAUGUGACAAUAUGAAUGAUAGGGACUUCACUUGUACGAGUCGUACCAGCUACACACUAUGUACAAAUGGUGGUCUAACAGAAGUACGUGGCUGUUGUCCGUUUGGCUAUAUAUGUAAUUUAUAUGGCACUGCUCAAACACCUUGCAUAUUAGAAAAUUGUAGUUAAUUAUUUUAA